AUGGAGUAUCUUAAACAAAUGAAGUUUGAAGAAAAACACUUACAACCCCUAGAUAAACCACUAAUCGGGUUUGGGGGUAAUCAAGUCCUACCCUUGGGGACUAUCAUACUCCUUGUACGAAUUGGAGAAAGAGAUAGUUGCAGAAAAAUGUCUAUCCGAUUCACUGUAGUAGACUUGAAAUUUCCAUACAACGCCAUCAUGGGGCUCCCCUUUAUAAACAAAAUCAAAGCCGUAAUUUUCCCUCAUCAACUUUUACUGCAAUUCCAACAAGAUGAUGGACAAGUCGGCAUCCUAAAGAGAGAUCAGUUAAUGACCCGUCAAUGCCUCAUUAACAACUUAAAACAAGAAGGAACUCCUGGUAUUCCUUCUAAGAGGAAAAGAGAAGAGAAACCUCCCUCCAUCACGAGGGUUGGAAAUUCAGCCAGAAUUGUGAAGGAAGGGAGGAAAUUCGGGUGUUACAAAAUGCCUGGUAUACAACCAAGUGUCAUAUGUCAUAAGCUUGAUAUAAAGCCCGGCUACAAGCUAGUUAAACAAAAGCUGCGACAUCAAGGAAAAGAGAGAAUCGAAGCCGCAAAAGAAGAGGUGGAGAAACUGCUGAAGGUCGGGUUCAUUCAAGAAUGCAAGUUAACCGUCAUCUAG